UUUUGUUUGUUUUAUUUGUUUUGUUUUGUUUUAUUGUUUUGUAGAACAAGCAUUGGCUCCUGUCCUACCUCCUCCACCACAGCAGGUGGCGCUGUGGCCACACAGGCAGCACAGACAACGUCAUCAGUAAGCGACAGCUGUAGCUUCACCAUGGCUGAAUCGGAGUCGAAAAAGGUGAAGUUAGUUCCAGAGUACCUGCUGAAAAAGAGGAAAGCCUAUCAGGCCAUCAAAGCGACUCAGGCUAAGAUCGCUCUGCGUGAGAAGAGACAGGUGUCCAAAGGUAGACCGUUACGGUUCAAGCGCCUGGAGGACUUCCUGAAAGAAAGCCACAAGAAGCACCGGGACGAGACCCGGCUCCGGAGGGCCGAGCACCGGCCGGCUGCUCCUCUGCCUCCGGAGAAGAACAAGCUGGCCUUUGUCGUUCUCAUCAGACUGAUUAAAGGCGUCAGCCCCAAAGUGAUGAAGGUGAUCCGGAUGAUGAGGCUGAAGAAGACCUUUAGUGGAUCCUUUGUUAAAAUCAACAAGACCUCCAUGGCCAUGAUGAAGAUGGUGGAGCCGUACGUGGCGUGGGGGUUUCCCAACCUGAAGUCGGUGCGUGAGCUCAUCCUGAAGAGAGGUCAGACCAGGAUCGGUCGUAGAGGAGUUCCCCUCACAGACAACAACCUGAUCGAGCAGCACAUGGGGAAACAUGACAUCAUCUGUCUGGAGGACCUGAUUCAUGAAAUCUACUGCGUGGGGAGGAGCUUCAGGGCAGCCAACAACUUCCUGUUGCCUUUCCAACUGUCUGUACCUCGUCACGCUGCCAAAGACAAAGCUGGGAUCCUGAAAGACGUGGGGAACCCCGGCUUCCGUGGGACAGACAUCAACUCAAUAAUCAGACUGUUGAACUGAGCAGAAACUGAACCUGAACUGUUGGUUGGUCAGCAGCAAACCCUGCUGGGUUUAAUCCAGUCAGGAUGGAACUGGACCUGUAACCCAGUCUCUGCUCACAGCAGACUGGGAGUCAGACUGGGAGUUGAGAUCAGGGUCUUUAUGUGGAGUUUGGCUCAGAGUUGUAAAGAGGCCCUGCAGCUGGACUGACCUGUGGGUGGACAUACAGUACAAUAAAUAUGUUAAAUAAUAUCUGUGUUCUAUGAACAGGUACAGUCCUCAGGUGUUCUGGGAGGUAGUACUUGUAGUACACAAGAACAAUAAAUACUUUUAAUAAUUCUCUACAUGAUCCCACUCAGAACUUUUGUUUUAUUUGUAAAGUAAUUCAAAAAACAGAUUUAUUAAUCUGAUUUAUUAAUUUGAAGAUCUGGGAUAAAAGAAACUAUUGGUUCAUAAAUAAACAUGAGUUUUAUAAUAAAA